CCCAUUUUGCAUACUCAAAGACAGAAAUCCAAAUUUUUUUUCCAAAUCCGACUAAAAAACAAAACCUUUUUUAAUCACAAAGUUCAGAAUGAAAAAUCCAUCAUCACUUUCAAUUUUCCCAAUGAUUCUAAUGGCCUUUGUGCAGAUGGUUAUGAUCAAGGCAGCAAUUGAUCCUACCAAGGCCACUGGCCAUGAACCAGUUCUUGUAUUAUACAUGCAUGACAUCCUUGGAGGUAGUAAUCCAACAGCUAGGCCAAUCACUGGCCUGCUAGGCAACAUAUAUAGUGGUCAAGUCCCUUUUGCAAGGCCAAUUGGGUUUCUUCCACCACAAGGAGGAGUUGCUAUCCCUAAUGCCAAUGGUGCUAUUCCAACUGUUAAUGGCAUAAAUGGUAUCCCAUUAGGAACGGGUUUGGCUGGUACAGCAUUUUCUGGGAAACCAAACAGUCAGGUUCAAACCCAAUUGGGACCUGACGGGUUGGGAUUAGGCUUUGGUACAAUUACUGUUAUUGAUGAUAUUCUUACCACUGCACCUGAGUUGGGUUCGCUGACAAUUGGGAAAGCACAAGGAGUGUAUGUGGCAAGUUCUGCUGAUGGAACAGCUCAGAUGAUGGCGUUUACGGCUAUGUUUGAAGGCGGCGAGUAUGGUGAUAGCCUCAACUUCUAUGGGAUUUAUAGGAUUGGAAGUUCUAUGUCUCAUUUGUCAGUGACUGGAGGGACUGGAAAGUUUAAGAAUGCAGGUGGGUUUGCUGAGGUUAGAUCAUUGAUUCCUCCUGGACAACAUGCUAUAGAUGGGGCAGAGACUUUGCUUAGGAUCAUUGUUAAUCUGAGCUACUAAGAUUGGAGGUGGUUUUUGGUAAUUGGAAGAGAAAAAAAUUGAUUUUGUUUUGAAUGGUAUAAAAGAACGUAUGGGGAUUUUGGUUUGUAGUUUUUUUGUCAAUUCUCUGCAACAGAGUCAAAAAAAGUGUUUUCAGUUAUCAAAAUUAUUAUAACAGUAUUCUUACUUAAAUUUGUUGGAUUUGGUUAAUGGUUUUGUGAAGGAUUAUGUGUAAUU